AUGAGGGUGUUCCCCAAUGUUGUGAUCUACACUGUGUUAAUUGAAGGUGAUUGUUUGCGUGGAGAAGUGGAUGAGGCAAAGAAGAUGACGAGUAGGAAGCAAUUGAAUGGGUUGAAAGACAAUUGGUGGAUAAAGUCCAAUGUGAAAGCAUAUGGGAUUGCAGUAAAUGAGUAUUGCAAUAUUGGAAAACCAAGAGAAGUAGUGUCACGUCUGAGGGAAAUGGUGGCAAAGGGUGUUAAGCCAAGUUAUAUAGAGGUCAAGGCAAUAGUGAAAAAAUCACAUCAUCAUAAGAUUAUAUUUGUUGAAUCAAAUGAAGAUUUUAUCGAUUUGCUAGCUAGCUUCCUCACAACACCUCUUGGAUCUAUUAUGGACCUUAAGAAGAAUCACAAAAUAUCCUUGGGAAGCAUUCGUAACUUGUACAAAAGUGUCAAGAAGCUGGAUUCAUCGUGGUUCCUAGAGUCAUCACACAAAUCCUUAUUAUUCAAUCCUAACGUUGCUCCUCAUUUUGGUUAUGAGAAAAUUCCACCGAAUGGAAGUGAAGAUGUCCUUGGCAAAUAUUGGCAUGGCCUUGGAGUAAAGAAAAAUGACAGGUGGCGUAUCAUCUGUGAAAAGAAAAUGAAUUCAAAGAAACAAGGUUUUCUACAAAAUCCAAAAGCUAUCAAAUUUUGGACCCGAGAUAUUCAGAUGGAACAAGAAAAUAUGAUGUGGGAUUUAUGA